AGUCCGAUUCAAAGUAAGUCGUCUCUUUCUCACUCCGCCCCGUCGCCCCGCCCCGCCUGCACCGCCUUCUCUUUUGGCCUAGGGUUUCUACACCUUCAAACAACCCGAUCCUCACCAACACCACCACCACCACACCAAGAUUCCUCAGAAUCAACCGCAGAUCGUCUGGCAGCUUCACUUCUAAUCGGAUGGAAGAGGAGGUAAAAUCUGAGGUCCAUCUGACAUCAGCUGCUGCUUUUGUGGAAGGGGGAAUUCAAGAUCCUUGUGAUGAUGCUUGUAGCAUAUGUCUUGAAGAAUUUUUUGAGAGUGAUCCUUCUUCGGUAACUGAUUGCAAGCAUGAGUUUCAUCUCCAGUGCAUUCUUGAGUGGUGUCAGAGAAGCUCACAGUGUCCUAUGUGUUGGCAAUCUAUUAGCCUAAAGGAUCCGAGCAGCCAGGAGUUGCUUGCUGCUGUAGAACAUGAGAGAAACAUUCGACUAAAUCCACCCAGGAAUACUGCAAUAUUUCAUCACCCAACACUCGGGGAUUUUGAGUUACAGCAUCUGCCUGUCAGUGCUACUGAUGCUGAACUUGAAGAGCGCAUUAUCCAACAUUUUGCUGCGGCCGCUGCAAUGGGAAGGGCACGUCAUAUUGGCAGAAGAGGUCAGAGGGGUAGAGCUUCAGCUCAUGGUCGUCCACAAUUCCUUGUAUUCUCAACCCAACAAAAUACACCAUCUGUUGCUCCCGCCUCCUCUCCAACUCGCACUGGUGAAGGCGAACUUCCUCCUGUCUUAACCGACUCUGGUUCAUCUUCAGAGUUAGUGACAGGGCAUGAUUUUACACAGUUGACUUCUUCACCUUAUGUUCAUGUUACUCCUGUUAUAUCAGCUUCUGGGUCAAGUGGUGUCUCUCCCAUAAUUCAUCAAGGAAACUCAUCAACAAACCAAUCUUCAAUUCAAUCUUCCACGAAUCAUCAUAAUAGACCAGGACCAUCAGAUUUGCAGUCAUUUUCUGAGUCUGUUAGAUCUCGAUUCAACACAAUGUCAAUGAGAUACAAGGAGUCUAUAACAAAGGGCACGAGGGGGUGGAAAGAAAGAUUGUUCUCCCGCAACAGCAAUAAUGCAGAUGUUAAUUCUGAAGUAAGAAGAGAAGUCAAUGCAGCAACGUCAGAUGUAUCUGGACCGAUGGAGCAUCCAACAAGAGGUGAUGCGGCUAGAGCAUCUGGCAGCAGCCAACAGCUUACAGAAUCGGGUUCCAGCAAUGUUUCUGAGGAUGGUGGUAGUACACAAGUUGUACCGGCUGCAGGCUCUGCAUCAAAUUAAAUCUUAAAUGGCUAAUCAGAUGUUACCAAAGAUUUCUCAGUAAAGGUUGUUGGCCUCUCUUGGUCUAUGGGAGAGAUAUGUACAUGAUUUAUAGACAGAAUGAAUAUGGCCAUCAUGGUAAAAUAAUAAAAGGGAAGAAGAAAGAAAGAAAGACUGUUAUUGUUUUAGCGUUUUUAGACCCCCAAAUGUCAAGAAUCCUUUUGUUGUUAUUGUUGUAUCUAUCUUAUCUAUCUAUUACAUUUCUAUCAGUGAUUGUAAAUUGGUUAUGUGUAUGCAGCAACCAGCUUUUUACUAAGUGUGGGAUGUUUCUCAUUUUCUUAGUUUGGAAACAAUUUAUGAAAGGAAAUUGUGUUGGAUU